AUGGUAUGGUGUAUGCUCUGGGGGGAAUGGGCCCUGACACGGCCCCCCAGGCCCAGGUACGGGUGUAUGAGCCCCGCCGGGACUGCUGGCUUUCGCUACCUUCCAUGCCCACACCCUGCUACGGGGCCUCCACCUUCCUGCACGGGAACAAGAUCUAUGUCCUGGGGGGCCGUCAGGGCAAGCUUCCAGUGACUGCUUUUGAAGCUUUUGAUCUGGAGACCCGUACCUGGACCCGACACCCAAGCCUGCCCAGCCGUCGGGCCUUUGCUGGCUGUGCCAUGGCCGAAGGCAGUGUCUUUAGCCUGGGUGGCCUGCAGCAGCCCGGGCCCCACAAUUUCUACUCCCGCCCACACUUUGUCAACACUGUGGAGAUGUUUGACCUGGAGCAUGGGUCCUGGACCAAGCUGCCCCGCAGCCUGCGCAUGAGAGAUAAGAGGGCUGACUUUGUGGUCGGCUCCCUUGGGGGCCACAUUGUGGCUAUCGGGGGCCUUGGAAACCAGCCGUGUCCUCUGGGCUCUGUGGAAAGCUUCAGCCUUGCACGACGGCGCUGGGAGACACUGCCAACAAUGCCCACAGCCCGCUGUUCCUGCUCUAGCCUACAGGCUGGGUCUCGGCUGUUUGUUAUUGGGGGUGUAGCUCAGGGCCCCAGUCAAGCUGUGGAGGCACUGUGUUUGCGUGAUGGAGUCUGAAGGCCUGGUGGAACCUGUCCACUAGAGUAGCUCCGUGCAGAAGCAGAUGUCUGGCUCCUUUUGCUACUUAGGGAGCUCUCUGUGGCUCUGUAGGAUGAGGGAGACUCAGGUGCACACCUGAGGCACUGCCUUGGGGACUUGGGUGGGGGGGAGCCUUUGUCUUUAGCACAGGACACAUAUAUGCUCACACCACCUUUACUGUCAUCCAUUCAUGAACUAUACUUAGCUCCACCCUUGCCCUAAAACCUACUAGGCCCUCUGUCUAACCAGGAAGUGGAGAGAGUUUGAUUAUCUAGAGUUGUCCAGUGGCCAUUCCUGAAAAAGUCUAACUGCCAGCCUGCUUCAAGGGUCUCUGUAGACCCAGGAGUGUUCAGAGAGGUGGGAGAUACAGAAGGAAUGGGAGAGAGAAUGAGGGAACUGCCAGAGGGUCAGAGGAAUGCUGGCUUUGGGCCCUCUACACUGAUGGUUGUAUGACCUUGGGCAAGUCAUUUCACUUCUCUGUGCCUCAGCAUCCUCAUCUGUAAAUGGGGAUCUCGAAACCUUCCUGCCCUACCUACCUCACAGGGCUGUUGUGAGGACCCAGGGAGAUGGAUGUGGAAGUAAA